AGAGAGAGAGCACAAUAUACACCCAAAUGGCCACGUGUUGACAUAACUUACAUCUAAAGUGAGAAGUACGGCAUUGUGUGAUGUUGACAUUCACAUUUUAGUAACUUAGUAGACGCUGUUACCCAACAAUUAGGGUUAAGUGCCUUGCUCAAGGGCACAUUGACAGAUGGUUCACCUAGUCGGCUCAGGGAUUCAAACCAGCUUUCGGAUACUAGCCCAACCCUCUUAACUGCUACGCUACCUGCCACCCCGUGGUCGUGGAAGUAUAAAUUGAUAAAUGAGGUGAAGAGGCAGAGGGAGAGAGGUAUAUUUUGGGGAGUGGGGCUGUUGGUGGCAACAGUGUCAUGUGUCAGUGUUGGUCAGAGCAGUCACUGUCUACAGUGGUUCUCUACAGCAGCUGCCUUCUGCAAUGGCUUACUUUGCAGGAAAUAAUGGAAAUCUGGCGGAGGAGCAGGUCCAUUGUUCCAUCUGUCUGGACGUGUUCACCAACCCUGUCUCCAUCCCCUGUGGACAUAACUUCUGCCGCUGCUGCAUCCUAGACUACUGGAAGACCACCGCCCUGUUCCAAUGCCCCAUGUGCAAGAAGACCUUCUUCAAGAGGCCCGACAUUAGCAUCAACACCGUCCUGAGAGAGAUUGCAGAGCAAUUCAAGGACAUCAGGGUUAGCAAUGCAGUGCGUCUCCAACAGCAGGAGCUGAAAGAGGAACAUGAGCUACAAAAGAAGAUGGAGGAACAGAGAAAGGAGCAGGAGGAGAAAAAGAUGGAGCCGGAAACUAAGAAGAAAGAACAGCAGGAUCUGGUUCAAAAGCAGCAGAAACUUCUUCAGGAGCUCAGGCUGAAUCAAAAGAUGCAGAAGCUACAACUGCAGCUAACGACCAGCCAGGAACCAGAGAAAGUAAUGGAUUCAAAACCAGAGGAAAAGCCAAAGGCACCACCAGCCCUUGCUCCGCCCUCUCCACCCCACACUCCCUGGGGCGAGGUUUCUUGUGAUGUCUGCAUGGGUGAUCGCAUGAAGGCGGUCAAGUCCUGCUUGGUGUGUCUGACGUCAUACUGCGAGGAACACAUGAAGAACCACAACACCCGCUUCACUAAGCACAAGCUGAUUGAGCCUGUGGCUAACCUGGAAGAUAGAAUGUGUCCGAAGCACGAGAGGCUCCUGGAGCUCUUCUGUAAGAAGGACCAGAUGUGUGUGUGUGUGCUGUGCACCGAGACGGACCACAGAGCCCACUAUACCGUCCCUGUGGAGAGGGAGUGGUCUGACAAGAAGGCUCAGGUGAAGAAGACAGAGAUUGAUGUACAGCAGAUGAUCCAGGACAGACUGAAGAAGGUGGAAGAGAUCAAACAAUCAGUGGAGCUGAAUAAAUCCAGCGCCCAGAGGGAGAUCGAGGACAGCAAGCAGAUGUUCCAGGAGCUGAUUCGCUCCAUCCAGAGGACCCAGACUGAGCUGGUGCUGGCCAUCGAGGAGAAGCAGAGCGAGACAGAGAGGUGGUCCCAGGGCCUCUUAGGGGAUCUGGAGCAGGAGAUCACUGAGCUACAGAGGAGGAAUAAAGACCUGGAACACCUCUCAUGCACAGAAGACCACAUCCACUUCCUACAGAGUUUCCCAGCCCUGUGCAGGCCUCCAGCCACUAAGGACUGGUCUGGGACCAGGGUUCACUCUGAAGUGUGUGUUGGGCUCAUCAGAAGAGCAGUGUCGGAACUGGAAGAAACACUGGCUAAAGAAAUUGAGAAACUGGUGGACACUGAGCUGAAGAGAAUUCCAAAAUACUCAGUUGACCUGACACUUGACCCGGACACAGCCAACCCGUGGCUCCAGCUCUCAGAGGAUGGCCGACAGGUACGACACCUCGGGGCGUGGCAGGACCUUCCGGACGUCCCAGAGCGUUUUGACACCGUGGUCAUCGUCCUGGGCUGUGAGGGCUUCAGCACCGGGCGGCACUACUGGGAGGUUCAGGUGGGAGACAAAGACGACUGGUACCUAGGCGUGGCCAAGGCAUCGGUCAACAGGAAGGGCCGGAUCGCCAUCAGCUCCUCCCAGGGCUACUGGGCGCUGGCCAUGAAGAAAGGUCAGGAGUAUAGGGCCUCCACGACCCCGCCGUUAACGCUGACCCUUGACCCCAAGCCGAAGAGGGUCGGGGUGUACGUGGACUGUGAGGAGGGCCAGGUGUCAUUUUACAAUGUGAGGGAGAGGAGUCAUAUCUAUACGUUCAUGGAGGACAGCUUUAAGGAAAAGUUGUUUCCCUUCUUUUAUUUGUACUGUUGUGAUAAACAGUCGGAUACCAUAGUAAUCUGUCCGGCCAAUGAGAAGACUGAGAUCAAGCAAUGCUGAGAAAGACUGCAACUCUGAAAGACUACAAUUCUGUGUGCAGAAAAUACUUCUUUUUUUUCAUGGUGAUAACAACAUAAUUUAUUAUGGUGGUGUCGAGUCCCCCUCUCACCCAUAUCAGUUGAACCUUGUUGAGAAAGACUGCAGCUAUGACGAACAACUCUGAAAGACUACAAUUCUGUGUGCAGAAAAUACCUUUAUAGAACAAGAAGGCCAGCACACUGUUAAAGCUCCCAAUUCACCGAUUUAAUGACAACGUUUCGAUCCAAAACGGAUCUUUGUCAGGUCAAACAAACGGAAUUCUCACAUCCCAGAAAAUACCUUAAAAUAUAAUCUUGGUAGGUAGGGUGGUUGUUUUUUUUCUUAUUUUUUUUUAUGUUUGUUUUUUUUAUGGGAUAUUUCCUGUUCGUUAAAGUCUAGAUUAAAUAUCUGAAAGAAGAUGAAUCUAACAGACAUUGGUUUCAUCCCAGGACCUUGAAUGUAUCUAUGAGGAUGACAGUACUGUUCUCUAACUUGCACUUUAGCACCUAUUUACAUAUCCAACUUACAUUGUGAAAAAAAUAUGACAAUGAUUUUGAACAAUAAAUGUAUGAUUGUCUUUG